UCGGGAUCCGCCCCGGUAACACCGACAACAGCGCGAGCUCCUUCAAUCUUUAUCUCUGAUUGAUCGAUUAAAUAUUAACAUUAUAAUUUAAUGUGAUGAUCUUAGUUGAAAGCCUUAUCUUUUAAAGAUACUCCGAAGUGUUUAACAAUAUCAAAUGGAGUUUAUUUGAUCUGUGUUUGGCUGGACUCGAACAUCAUGACGCCUGAUCUGCUGAACUUUAAGAAGGGAUGGAUGUCUAAACUGGAUGAGAGUGGAGAGUGGAGGAAACACUGGUUUGUGUUGACUGAUGCUGGACUGAAGUACUACAGAGAUUCAGCAGCAGAGGAGCGAGAUGAUGUGGACGGAGAGAUCGAUCUGAAGUCAUGUGUGAAGGUGUCUGAGUUUGAUGUGGAGAAGAACUACGGCUUCCAGAUACAGACGAGAGAGGCCGUGUUCACUCUGUCUGCCAUGACGGCAGGAAUCAGGAGGAACUGGAUUGAAGUUUUGAGGAAAAGCGUUCGGCCGAACAGCUCUCCAGACCUCACACAGUUACCAGACUGCAGCGGUGAUAAAGAAAACGUUCACCAUCGACUACACAGCCAAUCAGACGCCUCCUCCACCGCAAACAUCCCUCAGCGAAAAUUUGACUAUGUUGAGCUGUCACCUGUAGCCACGCCUUCCACUCCUGCCUCGGCCAAUCAGAGAGAGUCAGGGGAGGGGCAGGUGAAGGAGCACAGCCAGUGGCAGGAGGAGAGGGCGCGUGAUGACACUCACAGCCAAUGGGAGGCGGUACUGUCACGCAAGGGGACGGGCCAGCUGUCGGAACAGAGACGAAUAGAGGAGGAGAUUGAGAGGAAAUGGGCGGAGUUUGAGCGACUGCCACUCAAAGGGAUGAGGUCACUUCCACUGAUGGGGGCGCGGUCUGGCCCGUUAGCCAAUCAGGCUCUGGAGAGGGAGGUAGUGGCGUCUCUAAGGCAGCAGCUGGCGGAGUCUCGCUGCAGUGAGAGUUUGCAGCAGAUAGAGCGCAUGCACAGAGAGACGCUGCAGGAGCUGCAGAAACAACAUGCUCAACAGAUCAGCGCGCUGGAGAGAGAAAGAGAUGUGCUGCUGCGUGAGGAGACGGAGGCCACCGCACGCGUGAUGGAGGCGUUACAGAAAGCGUACAAAGAAGAACUGGAGAAAACCACACGACUCAUAGAGAGACACGGAGUAGAUACACACACACUCGACAAACAACAACAGGCAGAGUUGUCGUCUCUGAGGAGAGAGUUGGACUGUUUGUCUGAGCAAUACUCUCAUAAGUGUCUUGAACUGAAUCGGGCUCAACAACACAACACCGAGACAGAGAGACAGAUGAGAGAGAGAGACAUACAGAUAGAGCAGCUCAAGAGAGAUAACCAGGAUUUACAGGCUCGUCUCUCAGAGGAGAUCAAGGUCAUUCAGUCUGUGGUCACAGGUCAGGGGUCAGAUGCAGUGAGCGACGGAAGUGACAGGUCGUGGUGUGAGACGCAGGUGCUGUUGCGGUUGAGAGAGAAUGAACUGCAGUACUUACAUAAAGAAAUCAACAGUCUACGAAACCAGCUGCACUUCCUCACCAUGGAGAAGAGCAGUGUGUGUGAGCGUUACCGUGAGGUGAGUGAGGAGUUGAAGGUGAUGAAGAGCAGAAGUGAGAGAGAGAUCAACACAUUGAGAGAACAUCUGAGACUGGCACUGAAUGCACUGCAGGAAGAACAACACAUCGACAACACCCUGCAGCACUGACACACACACACACUCACAGGGAGGAGGAGCCAGGACAAUCAUGUGCCUUUCAUUUCAAACCAAUCAGCAGCAGGGAUUCAUCUCAGCCAAUCAGCUGCAGUACACUGGACUAGAAACGCUUCUGCACUUUUCAUGAGUUUAUGUGAUACGAGUUUAACUUCCUGGGACCAGCUGGAACAUUGUACUGUGUUUACUGUCAGAGGACUGAUACUGGAGGAGAACUGGACCACAACAUGUGUGUUUCUGUGUCACACACACACACACACACACACACACACACACACGGCUCAGCAAAUUCACUUUUAAAGAGUCAAGAACAUUCAACAUGUUUAACACCUUCAGUCAAUCAGUGUCUUUCAUUUUACUUGCCAAAUGAUAGAGUUGAAUCUGCUGCCCAUGUGCCUGUUAAGAGUUUGACCAGAUAAUGAUGACACACCUGUGAUGAGUGAUUGUUAAACUCUGCUGAAGGGUUUAUUCAGAGAUGUUUCUGAUGUGUUUAACUGCCUUUGUGCCACAAAAAUAAGAGAGCUUUGCGUUUAUGAGCCAAUGUUUUUAAAGAUGUUUGUUUUUCUUUUACAUAUUUAAUUGUGGAGUUUAAAGCAGAUGUACACUUACUAUGUUACAACCAAUAAAAGCGGGGUUAUUUGGUCUCCGGA